AUGCCUCUGCCCAGUUAUCGGGGGGUUACCUCCAAGGCAGAGGCCGAGUUGGGGUCGCUGCUGGAUGCGCUAGACCUGGCGGCUCUCUAUUUCGAGGAAUGCGAGGUCAGCAUCAAUCCUGGAACACAGAAGAAGUUGGCCCUUUUUACCGCAAUACUGUUGGACCUGGCAAAACUUCAAAAGGGAUGCUCUGCCAAAGAUGCAGAGGAGGAAGUGGGUGAAGAUAUCAGCGCGCUGGUCUCGGAUAUCACUUUUGGUGUGACUGUGAUGAGCGCCGAAAUGAUGAUGUACAUUCCCCCUCCUGAUCCCGAAGAUGUUCUGGGCGUUAUCGCGAUUUCGAGCCCGGGCGCGCUAACACGGCGGGAUAGGUCCUCUCAGAAUAACUUGAACCAGCGACUGCAAAGAUAUAUCGUCGAUCUAUGCACAGGCGAACGCAAGGCCAACGCUAUCACGACUGUUUUCGACCGAUCGGUUCCAGCGAAGAAAGCAUGGGAAGGUUUAGCGCGGGAGCUGGAGUCAAUAGACAUCCCCCGCACGCAGUCAACGAGAGAACGCGACAUGAUCAUUAUGACUCUCUACAAAGCCGCCAUGGAUGAGCGGCUUCUGAAGAACGUCGUCUUUAAGCCCUCAAGACCCGAAUCGCGUGCACCGUCUCCGAAGACUGUCCCGAGAUCGUCCCAAACAGACCGCAUGUCAUUAUCGUCAACCAGCUCACCAACAAGCACUUCGUCAAUUAAAGAAGCAUCCACAGCCGAGUCCAUUCCUAUUCCCGUGGCGGUUGAGAUUAUGGACAGGGACAGCAAUGUCAAAACAACCGUACCUCUGGAGGGUAUUUCCCCCGGCGAUAAGACUUCGCUGGUCGAGUUGGCGGAACUAUCGUUCAACGUAUUCGACAAGAACCUUUUCGGCGAUUUCAGUUCAGCCUCGAGUAUUGCGCCCAGGUCUCCCUCUCUGGACGCAUCUCCAACGUCACCUACGAUGCCCUCUUCCCGCGCCCCCAGGCGAACUUCUGUCGCCUCAUCGAAGCGGCCCUCUGUAUCAUCUAAGAAACCGUCCAUCUCCUCCGUCCCCGAACACCCCUCCCGCAAUUCGUCCGACUCCGACAGAGCAGUUCCUCCUCACAGAAAGGCAUCUUCUGCUCACGGCUCUACGGGCAAAAGAACACGGCAUGCAAGCAUCGCCGAGAGCAGUGCCGAGAGCCAGGCAGAGAGCAUCACAUCCACUCCAUCCGCAUCAGCGAAGCCAUCCACCCCACAACCAACCCAGCCUUUCCAGGUGAUCGGGACAUCCAUCCGAUCCAAAAGGCCCAGCCUAAUGAGCCGCAUGAAAUUUAAAAUGACCAACAACAAAGACGAAUUCAGCCAACUGAUCAAGAAUGGCGGCCCGUUCGCCGUAAAAUGCGCCCUCGACAAAGGCGCCAGCGUGCACACCGAGAACUCGUCCGGCCAAACCGGUCUGAUAACCGCCGCCGCCUACGGCCACGACGACAUCAUCGUCCUGCUCCUGGAGCACGGCGCCUCAAUCGACGCAAUGGGCCCCAGCGGCGAAACGGCUCUCUCUGUCGCCGCAUCCAAGGGCUACGACGACAUCGUCCAGCUUCUGCUCCUGCACGGGGCAGACCCAAACAGCGGCGCACACUCGACGGGCAAAACGGCGCUGUCGCAGGCCGCUGCGCUCGGUCACUACAACGCCGUCCGAAUUCUGCUAAACUUCGGGGCCGAUCCGAAUGCGCUCUGCGCCAGCGACGACACGGCGCUGACGCACGCGGCUGUCAAUGACCGGCUGAAGGUGGCCCAGCUGUUGCUCGAGCGGGGCGCGAUCCCGGACAAGACGGGAUACACGGGCAAAACACCGCUGUGGCGGACUGUGCAUAAGGGCUCGUUGCGGAUGAUCAAACUGUUGCUGGAAAACGGGGCUGAUCCCAACCGCAAGGACAUUCGGCAGCAGUCUCCGUUGGUGCUGGCCAUUCAACAGGGGCGGACCGAUGUCAUUGGGUUGUUUUACCAAUUCGGGUACGGGUCUGGUGAGGGAUUCGCGCGGUCGAGUACGAUUCCCGUGAAUGGGGACUUGGAGUUCAUGCGGGACGGUGUCUCGCAUCGACUCUCGAUUUUCAACAACUGA